AUGUUUCUCCAGCUCCUUGCAGUCCUGGGCACAAUUUUCGGUUUCCUCUUCCUGACCCUUUCCAUUGCAGCAGGCCUCUACUACGUGAGCGAGCUCGUCGAGGAGUACUCGGAGCCCACUCGGCGCUUCCUGAAUCGCACUAUCUACGCGGUGAUAGCGACGUAUGCGCUGCUCCUGGUGUUUGACAGCUUUCCAUUCUUUCUCACAUGCUUCUCAAUUGCAUCCCAUGUCGUGUAUGCGCAGAACCUGCGCAAGUUCCCCUUUAUCUCGCUCUCCAGCCCGACGUUUGUGGCCAGUUGCGUGCUUGUCGCGCUGAACCAUUACCUAUGGCUGCGCCAUUUUAACAACAAUGACGUCCCGGUACGUUUCCGCAUGGACCCUGGCUAUCGCGCCCCACGCCGGACCUCUCUGGCCGAAGUCACGUCCUUCUUUGCGCUUUGCGUGUGGUUUAUCCCCUUUGCUCUCUUCGUCUCCCUCUCUGCGGGCGACAACGUGCUGCCUACGGCUAUGGGAAAAAAGGACGACGACGCACGCGAUGCCGUCACCCGGAAGGCGAGCAGCUUGCUGAAGGUCCUUAUCGAUUCGGUACGUUCAUACUUUCACAGCGUUGCACGUGUUUUCGGAAUACGAGCUAGCCGUCACAAUGAUGGCCUCGCGCUGUAA